AUGAACGCGACGCUGCAGUGCCUCCUCCACACCCCUCACCUUGUGGAGCGGCUGGAGGCCGACGUCCGACGGAUGCGGCGCACCCGCAGGAACGGAAACGACAAGGAAACGGACCGGGACGGGAACGGGGCGACGAAAACAGACGGGGAGGCGGAACCGUGCGCGUGCGCGCCGGCGACGGAGUCCCUCAUCGGGCUCGCGCGGAGUGACGAGGAGGGCGGGGGGUCGGAGGGAUUUCUGCUGCGUCUCAAAGACAUCGCCGCGGCGCGGAAUGAGCAGUUCAGCAACGGCCAGAACGACGCACACGAGUUCCUGCGGACGAUCCUGCACGCGGUGCACGAGGAGAUCAAUCGCCGCGGCCGCGCGCCCUACGCGCCAAUCGAGAACAUCCCGGAAGAGACCGCAGCGGCGGCGAUGGCGCGGUGGAUGGCGCACCUCCGCGGACUCGACGACUCUACCGUCUACGACUUCUUCGGCGGCGUGCUCUGCUCCCGCUGCGAGUGCCUGAACUGCCAGAACGUCUCUCUCACUUUCGACCCUUUUCUCGACCUUUCGCUGCCGAUCGCGCUCACCCCGACCACCCCGAGCCUGCGCGGGAAGACACCAAAGAGCACCAAGGGCGGCGCUAGCGGCGAGAAGGGCAGCGCGUUUCAGUUUUUUUCGAGCAACAAGGCGGCCUCCCGUGAGGAGAAGGGCUCCCGGUGCACUGCCGAGGCGGUUGACAUCGUGCUGCGCGAGUCCUGUAUGGCGGAUACGUACGAGAUGCUUAAUGGUGGAAACCAGCUCUUUUGUGAUAAAUGCAAAAAACUUUGCGAUGGAAGACGCUGCUCGAACGUGGCACUAUGGCCGCGUAUUUUGGUGCUCCACCUUAAGCGGUUUGACGGAUCGGGAAAGAAGAACGACGCGAACAUUAUCUACCCCAAGACGUUCAUGCUAAGAGAUGUUCGCUAUCGGCUUUAUGCGGUGUGUUGCCAUAGCGGUUCUGAGAGUAGUGGACAUUACACGAAUUACGUCGCGCUUGACGAAGCGGUGGUGAAACAGAGCGAUUCUAAUAUUAUCUCGGAUGCCUGUGGAGAGGAGACUCCUUCAAAAGCGCCUUGUAGGUCGACAAUGGAGAAGUGGUAUCUUUGCAAUGACAAGUGUAUCAGCGAGGUGGACGCCAAAACCGCUUUUUCGGCACUCGGCAAUGCAUAUAUCCUGUUUUAUUAUCAGCAAUAG